UGUAGCACAUCUUUAUCUUUAUACGUCUAUGAUGGAAUUUUUACAUUGUUUUUUAUUAAUCCCUUUGAGGACUGUAAAUACUCAAAAGUUAUUAUGCUUGUGAACCCCAAGUGCAAACAGAUCUCAGGGUUGUAUCAUAUAGAAUUGAUGCUCUCGACACAUUGCAAAUGUAAGAAAAACCUUGGCCACGGAACUAAGUAUAAAAAAUACGACGAAAUGCAUGAGCUGCAAGGGCAGGACGUAUCCAACUGUAGUAUUAGAGCCAAAUCAUAAAAUUAUUGGAAAAGAAGGCUUUAGAUCUCUGGAGAAAUCUUUGUUCUUUCGAUCGCCAAGUUAUCACAUAUGUUGUAAAGAUCCAUGCUUGGGAAAGUAUACGUUGUUUAAGGAGCCAAGAAUUCACAUUUUCAUCGAGCUCGAUAUACGCCCGAAUCUUCAAAGUAACAGUUUGAGCUGUAUGCUGGAUCGAAUGCCGACAACACUCGGUCUUCAAUGCGACGAAAAUACAAUCGAAUACAGGUUAAUUGGAGUAAUAGACUACACAUCGGGGCACUACAUUGCAUACUGCUUGCGUUCCAAUGGAUUUUGGCAGAUGUACGACGAUUUGCGAAAAAAGAUUAACAAGUGUGGUUCUAAAACUAUAAUAACUCCACAUCUUGUAGUAUAUAUACAAAAAUCAGUUUAAAGAUGGAAAACCAACUGAAACUGAGGUUCCUGUGAAUAAUGCAAAUUCAAAAGCAGAAAGUGACAAUGUUGAUUGGACAGAAGAUUUCUCGUUACAGAAGUUAUUCCAUUGACUCAAGCUGUAACUCCAGAAACUCUUCAGAUAAUGGUAAAAAGCAUAUAGAGCAUGAAACGGAUUCAGUUGUAUUGACACGCAAGCAGAAAGAAAUAGAUUAUGGAAAGAAUACUAUUGGGUAUGACAGAUACAUUGAGUUGGUGCCUAAAGAGAAACGUACAUGAGAACAUCCGAGGACACCUCCAAAAUAUAUAAAAUACAGCAGAAGAGGCUGGGACAGCAUGAUAAGAUUGUAGCAGAAACAACCGCAUUCUUGGAAUCCUCCUAAGGAGGACCAAACAGAUUAAGAGGCUGUCGUUUCAUUGAAUUACUGCUAAUCACAUUUUUCUUAAUUCAUAUAAUUAUUGCAUAUUUUUUCGUACUUUCUUGUUUGUUACGUACUACUUCGACAACGUCUAUAAUAUUAUACUUUAAAGCUUAAAUACAUUAAAUGUAGAAAUAAUGAUUUUAAAAUAAUCGUUUCACGUUUUAGAUUUUUGUUUACAGUAUUUUAUUAUCAUUUAAAACAACUUCGCUCAUAACUUAUCAGUUUAACAUACUAUCACAUAUACAUAUAUAUUUUUGAAGCAAUAUUUUAUGCAGAUUAUUAUAAUCACAUAAAUAUAGAGUCAGUCAAAAAGUUCGAUUUUUGUGUCAAAUUUUACUGCACUCAAUAAAAUCAAACUAUUCAUCAAUCAAGUAAUCACUUUUUCAUAUAAUCAUUAUUUACGAUUAGUCAUUUUCUAUGAAGUAGACAUUAUCAAUAUCGUUGCCUGUGUAUUACAUGUGGCAUCAUCAUGAAUAUUGAAAAUCGAACACAAUUUUUUGACUAACUCGAUAUUUUGAGGCAAAUUGAAUUGAUAAUAUAUAAGUUAAAAAUGUUUGAAUGUUAACUUGUGAAGUUGUGCAAUGCUUUGGAUACAAGAUUUAAAUAUGGUAAUAAAUAAAAUGUAUGAAUGUCCAUAUAUACUUGAGAAUUAUAAUCUAAAAAAUAUACCAAAAUAAAAAAUGAACUUUGUAUCUUCUUAAAAUUACUGUACUUUUUUAUUAUAUAAAUCAAUAUCAUCACACUAAGCGAACUUGUCAUAUAUAACAUAUUACAAAUCUUACAAAAUAAUCAAUAAAUAUACAUAUUGCUUUUA